AUGCCCCCUCCGCCCCAUCCCGCUGGCUCCAGCGGCAACCUUCCGCAAAAACACCCCGCGCGUUCAUCCCAAUCGGGGGACGGCUCGGAUUUCGUAACGGCUCGUCUGGGUACGGCGUCUGCGUCUGCAAACCGAAUCAAGGAAAAAGACCAGCCUCGUGUGAACGCCUCCGGGGUCAUAACGGCUCGCUUACCUGGCGUGUACGCAUCCGCAAAGAAGUGUAAACUGGAAGGUUAUUCCCAGGUGGACAACGCCGAGUUAGUUACAGCUCGGCCAGUCAUCUCGCUAACGGCAAUGGAAGCAAAGCGCAAUCCCAAAAGCAAUCCCUGCCCCAAAACACCGAGCCGACGGUUCAUCCCUGAAGAUAUUUACCCCUCUCCCUUCAAGGCAUCGGAUAUCGAGCGCGAGAUAGGCCACUGGGUCUUCGUCGCGUGUCCAGGGCGCACAAAAUGCCGCAACUACAAAAGGCACAGCUCACAUCUGGACACAAUUGUUGUAGCCGUCGACGGUGCGUGUAUCGGCAACGGGCAGGAAGACGCCGUCUCCUCUUUAGCCGUCUACGUUGGGCCCUGGAACCACAAUAAUGUGGUAGACGACAAGGGCAUCUACCCUGGGCAAACAAGCCAAAUCGCCGAGAUGGAAGCUGCUAUUUGGGCUGUGAGCACGGUCUCUGGUAUUGAAGAGGACUUUGACUCGGAUGAUGACUCGGAUGAAAUCUGGUUGUGUGGGAGGCCUCGUACCGUUAUCAUCAAGUCGGACUCCUCGUAUGUGGUUCGCGGGUUGACAGAACACCUGCCCAAAUGGAAGGCGAACGGGUGGAGGAACUCAAGCGGGAAGCGCGUUGCCAACAGGGAGAAAUGGGAGGAGCUGGAGGAGGUAGUGUGCGAGGCCGAGGACCAGGGUUUCGAGAUUUUCUUUUGGCAUGUCCCGCGCGAGAUGAACCGUAUUGCUGAUGCUGCUGCCAACUGGGCGUUGUCGCCGCGGACAACGUGUCGUUUCGCUGGAGUGGAGUGGCGCGGGGGACGGGCGAGGAUUAUACCGUUGAUUGGCUUUUAA